UUUCAUGCUGAAAAAUGGUAUUAAGGAAUAAAUUGUCACGUGUUGCUGUUGAUAUGAAUUACUGUUGUUUAUGUGACAAUUAGAGUAAUUGCCAAACAUUUCAUCACGAAUGGUAAGAUAUGUAUGUAGAAAUCUUUAGAUAAUUAGUUCACAUCAAAUUACUUCUUGUGAAGAGGACUUCGUUGAAAUAACCCAGUGCAAUCAAGUAUUGACGGACAGAAUUGAAACCACCGUAAGAUCUAUAAACAGGAGAAAAAUCUAGGCUGGAGAUAUAAUUAAGAAAUUGAUUAAGGUUACUCUGGAAAACUCUCAUUUCCAAAGACAAGUUGAAAUUAACUAAUGAAUAGAAUAUAUAAUGGACGAAAUGUAGCUAAAUGACUGACAAUACACCAUAUCGUGCCAAAGACUCCGAAUCAUGUGUUCAUGAAACAGACACCAUUGAAGCUGCUAUAAGAUAUUUUAACAAAGAUGACAAAUAACGAAACGAACACUCCAGUGCUAUUACUGUCUCCUCUGAUUCUGACAUCACUCGGUGUAUACUUAACAAUUGCAAUAGUGAUUGGUACUCUCGCAAAUGGAUCCGCUCUUUAUGUCUUCCUCACCAACAAACAGCUUCGUUCGCCUACCAACAUGUUUAUUAUAAGUUUGUUAAUAUGCGACUUCCUCAUGUGUACAGUAGGAGCACCAUUACCUGCAGCCUCAAAUUUUGCACAUAGAUGGUUGUGGGGAUGGUCAGGAUGUGUGUUCCAUGGAUUUACUGUAUAUAUACUAGGCUUGAGUAAUUUGUAUAUAUUAACUGCCAUUUCUGUAGACAGAUACAUUAUAAUAGCAAAGCCUCUUCAAGCUUCCAAAAUAAACCACAGAGUUGUUAGUAUUUCAGUAUUUUUAUGUUACUUUUUUGGUUUUGUCUGGAGCUUUCUGCCUCUUGUUGGAUGGAGUGAAUACGUAUUCGAAGGUGCAGGAACAGCCUGUGGUAUAUCAUAUGAUUAUAACAGUGCUUCAGCUUUUAGCUACAACAUAGCUAUAUUUAUAAACUGUUACUGGAUACCAAUCUUCAUUAUGAUUUAUUGUUAUUAUUAUGUCUUCAUGACGAUUCGGUCUAUGGCAAGAAAUACUGCAUUUGACAGAAAAAGUAGAAUAGCCAAAAGGAACUUAAGAAUUGAAAAGAAAAUGGCCAAAACUAUUGCUUUAAUGAUUGGUGUCUUUAUGUUUGCAUGGACGCCGUAUGCAGUCACUGCAUUCUGGGUUGCAUUUGGUUUUGGUGAAUUGCCAGUUAUUGUUUCAACCUCGGCAGCCAUGUUUGCGAAAUCAGCAUCUGUAUGGAAUCCUCUUAUUUAUGUGUAUACAAACAAACAAUUUCGCAAAGCAUUUUACGAGAAAAUUCCCUGUUCUGGUUUUCGUUCCAAACUUAUUAAGAAGGAGGAGGAAAAAGAAGCGGAAUCAGAAGAGUCUGAUAUAGAUGAUAAAUCAAAGACAACAGGACAAAAAGUUACUCAUCUUAAGGUACAAAAUACGCGACGUGGCGUGACGCCCAUUAACGAUGAUGAUGACGCUGGUGAAAUUACAAUUUGUGAAGACAUUGUAGCUGAUGCAAUUACACUUGAAGACGAUGGCAAAAAAGAAGAAAUUGAAAUAAAAGAUUUAGGUGGAUCACGUCAAGCUAAGAGGUAGUAUUACCUUGUGUUGAAAGCAAAACAUUUUAAAAAAAACUUUUUUUAGAAAAAAAAGAUUCGGUAAAUAAAAACUUCUGACGUCUGAUUUUAACAUUGUGUGCUAAGAUAAUGAUCUGAAAGCAAAAAGAAGUCAAUAUUUUAAAGUUUUAUUAACUGAAUUUUAACCAUUUUCUAUGAACGAGUUUAAAACUGAGAAGAAGCUUCAGAUGAGGAAGACCACUUUUUUGCCCUUUUCAUACAAUUAUGGAUUAUAGCUUAGCAAAAACAAUUGUCAGUCCUUCAAAAGAUUCUGUGUCAUAUCCAACUGAUUAAGAUAAGUAUUUGAAAUACAAAUAUCAAUUUAUUUGAAUUCUGUCUUGAAAUACUGCUCUACUGGUUUGCUCAAAUAUAUGUUUUAACAGCAUGUUGAUACAAGUCAAUUGUAGGUUUCUGGUAAAAUGAUAGUAACAUGAUGUUUUGUGUAAAAUUUUGAUAUUUUCUAAAGGAAGUAGACAUCUCAUCUCACAAGUCUUACUUUAAAAAUACACGAACCUCUAAAGAAUUUUUCGGAAGUUUAAAAUACGUACAGGCAUAAUGCACCUCAUAUUCUUGUUUAAAUUUAAAUCUAUGUUUGGGGUUCAUUUGCAAACUUUUAUUUCUUAGCCCUUCAUUUGCAGCUACCAAGGAUCUCAGACAUUAAAUAUAUAUAUAUAAUAUAUAUAUGUUUGGGAUUAAUAUUAUACACAGGGUGGGAAUCAGGUUCAGGAUAAAAAGAAUCUUUAGAACCAACAUAAUAAAUAUAUUCAAAUUGAGUUAAUUUCGGUCAUACCAAAACUUGAUUAUGUUAAAAUGAUGAAUCUGAAAAACAUAAAGCUUUGAUAUCUAGCUCAAUAAAUAAAGGUUUUUUUAAAUCCAAUUGUUGCAUUUUGAAAAGACCGCAAAUGUCAAGAAGGCAUGAUGAAAACGCCUUCAGAGUAAAAGAAAAUUUACACAUCAAUAUAAGGUGAUCAAUUAUAGACUGAGAACCUGUACUUAUUAAUGUAUGCUUGUUUAUCAUAUCAAAAAUUUCAGUUGU